GGAAUGUACUGACCAGCGACACGCUCAUGGAUUUAGUCAGGAUGGCCGGGGACUACGAGCGGUCCCACACGAGUGUCAUGGAACGCGUCAAGCAAUUUCUACGUUCGAACCUGCUGACGAUAUUAACAGUAGUGGGUGUAUUGGGAGGAACUCUCAUUGGUAUAAUCCUUAGGAACAAUACAGACAAAUGGACGGAACGCGAAGUUAUGUACCUGCAAUAUCCCGGGGAUCUAUUCUUGAGGAUGCUCAAAUGUUUAAUCGUACCAUUGUUGGUAGCUAGUAUAACAUCGGCCAUCGGAGCGCUGGAUCUUUCCAUGUCAGGAAGGAUCGCCACAAGGGCAAUAGUGUAUUACAUGACGACGACACUGUGCGCAGUGGCGUUGGGUAUAGUUUUAGUGGUCACGGUCAGGCCGGGAGUGGGAGCCACUGCUACGGCGACAGGUAUUGGGGCAGCUGCCACCAGGAAUGUACUGACCAGCGACACGCUCAUGGAUUUAGUCAGGAACAUGUUCCCGCCAAAUAUUGUGCAAGCCACAAUUAGUCAGAACUUGACUAAGAUUUUUAAUUAAUGUCUUUUAUUUUUUGCAGUACCUGUGUCAGAAUAUAAAAUAACCUCCGAAUUAUCAAACACCACAAAUGUGUUGGGGUUGGUGAUGUUCAGCGUUAUCCUAGGAACAUGUAUAGGAAAAAUGGGUCCCGCCGGAAAACCUCUGCAAGAUGUUUUCGUGGCAAUGGCUGAAGCUAUGAUGAUUAUUACAGGAUGGGUGAUAUGGCUAUCACCUAUCGGUGUCUGUUUCCUGGUAGCUGCCAAAAUCCUCGAAAUCGAAAGUUUCGAAGAAAUGGUUGGACAAUUAGGAUGGUACUUUAUGACAGUACUAAUAGGAUUAUUUGUCCAUGGAUUUGGUACGAUCGCUGUCAUUUUCUUCUUAACGACGAGGUCGCUACCUUACAAACAUGUGGCAGCUAUGGGUCAAGUGUUGGCCACUGCCUUUGGUACAGGAUCAAGUUCAGCAACUAUGCCCAUUACCAUUGGCUGGUUGGAUCAUCGUGGUAUCGACCCCCGUGUUACCAGAUUUGUGAUUCCUGUCGGAGCAACUAUUAACAUGGAUGGUACAGCUUUAUAUGAAGCCGUUGCUGCUAUAUUUAUUGCACAAAUGAGAAUGGUUCCACUUACCUUCGGAAAAAUUGUAGCUGUAUGUGUGACGGCGACAGCAGCCAGUAUUGGUGCCGCAGGUAUUCCUCAAGCAGGUCUCAUUACUAUGGUUAUGGUAUUGGACACAGUUGGACUACCAGCUGAAGAUGUCAGUAUAAUCUUUGCUGUAGAUUGGCUGCUUGACCGAUUCAGGACGACGAUAAACGUGAUGUGCGACACCCUCGGAACCAUCAUCGUCGACCACAUGUCCAGGCGAGAAUUGGCGAACAAGCCGACCGACCGAGACCGAGUCCUGGCGGAACCUCACGAACUGGUCGAAUUAGAUAAAAUGGAAGAUGGCAGGAAAUGAGUUCUAUUUUCUUGAAUUGUUAUGGACUUUUCUAUAAGUGUAACUGUUAUACAUUAUGCGUCGUGUUAAAUGUGACAUGUUUAGAGAUUGUAUACGAUAAGUUUACUCGAAAUUUAAAAAAUGGUUUUGAACUAAAAUUUGAUUUCCGAUAGCGUGGGAAGACCUUCCAGGUUGUGCUACUUUAUACUCGUCGUUUAAGUAUUUUAAGUUUAAAUAUGAUCAAACUAUGGGGCCAAUGCUCCGAUAAAAUAGAAAUGUUGCAAUCGUAUCUUCAUAUAAAUUGGUAAUAAAAAAGUCAAAAUGCUAUGUAUUUGC